AUGGCGUUUAGAAGGGUUUGCGCCACCUGGCGAUCCGCUGCCGCCCAAGUUAAAUUCAUCCCUUCAUGCCCAACACCUCCAUUGCUUAUGUUGCCCGAAGAAGAAGAAAAAGAAGAAGAAGAAAAAAAAGAAAGCGACGAACGAGAGUUUUACAGCGUAUCAAAAGGAAAGGUUUCCAUGAGAUUAUCCCUCCCAGAACUCAAAGGCAAAUUUUGCAUCGAAGCCAGGUUUGGAUGGCUGUUAGCCAUCACGGAUGAGGGAGACGAUGUUAUUUUGCUGAACCCUUUCUCGCGUUCUCAGAUUAAGCUCCCCAACUUUCAAACCUUUCUUGAGCCCGAAAGAAAGCAGUAUUGUCACAAAAUCCAUCCCAAAACCUUAAAUGAUUUUAUAUUAAUGGCCAUGCACUGCUGUGAUGUAGGGCUGCUAUGCUUCUGGCGGCCUGGAGAUACAACCAGCUGGACCAAACUCGAAUCCCGUAAAGGUACACCACACGAUGUGAGUUACUACCAAGGUACCUUGGUGGACGUGAAUUACUGCAAUGGAAAGUUUUACGCAAUCAAUGUUUUCGGACAUAUUUGGGGUUGGGAUGAUGAUGACGGCCGACAUGCCCGAAUACAUGGAAAGCUAUUCUUGGUGGAAUCGGAAGGAGGAGGAGGCCAUUUGUUAAUGAUUACGCGUGAUCUUGAUUGUGAUAACGAGGGUUCAGGCGAGAUUUGUUUUUGUAAUGAGCACCGCCGGGGGACCAAGAAUUUCAAUGUAUACCGAUUGGAUACAGUAAAAGGAGGCAGUUGGGAGGAGAUCACCAAUUUGGGAGGCAAUGCUAUAUUUGUUGGAGAUAAUGCAACAAGUUUAAUUCCGUGCAUGGAGGGUCAUAGGUGCGGAAUUAAAGCUGAUUGUAUAUACUUCACGGAUGAUUCUUGGGAUGUCUUAGCGGAGGAUGAUUUCAUCAGUAUGGGAGUUUAUAAUGUUCAAGAUGGAAGCAUGGAACGUUUUCAUGGUGUUAACAAAGACACGGAAAAUUUUAUUAUCAUUUCCAGGGAAGUUUCCUAACUUGGG